UACAGAAACUUGAGAUAACAGUUGACUGCAGAAAACUGACUGGACCUGAUCCACAUGAAAAUGGAUUUUUAGUGGUUUGUCUCUCAGCAUGACUGAAGACCAGAUGAUGGAAGUUGGUAUGGAGGAUGAGGAGGACAGAUCCAGCUUUCUAGUCAUGAAAAGUAACAAGUCCAAACCUCCAGAGUUUAGUGAAGAGCACGGACCUUCAGAGAAAAGAGGUCAGAACUUCAGACAGAAAGCAGAACCUGCAGAACCCAGCUGUUUGUCCAUGAAGAGUGACCAGUCCAAGUCUUUACCAGUAGUCUUCAGUCCUGAACCUGGAACGUCAGACAUGCAUUCUUCAUCAGGAAAUGUCUUCAAAGGGAGGAAGAGGAGUGGUGUUUGUGAGGAGGAGCAGCUGUCCUGCUGUUCUUUGUGUCAGGACGUCCUGAUGGAUCCAGUCUCUACCAGCUGGGACCAGUCUGCUUCAUCAGGACCCUCCUCCUGUCCCCAGUGUGGAGAAAGAACUGGACUGCAGACAGACAGUCAGAGCAGCUGUGUCCAAGAUGUUGGUCUGAAGGAGGUUUUAUAUGAACAUCAGAUCAGUCUGAGGAGGAGAUGUGAAAGUGUGACUGAAGGAAGUGAUGAAACAGGAAAUAGAACUCUCCUCAACAAGAUCUACACUGAGCUCUACAUCACAGAGGGACAGAGUGAAGCRGUUAAUACCCAACAUGAGGUCAGGCAGCUGGAGACCGCAUCCAAGAACCAGAUCCUCCAUGAGACUCCAAUCAGGUGUCAGGACAUCUUUAAAGCCUUACCUGACCAACAUGGAGUCAUCAGAGUGGUUCUGACCAACGGCGUAGCUGGAGUUGGAAAAACCUUCUCGGUGCUGAAGUUCACUCUGGACUGGGCCGAGGGCUUGGAGAACCAAGAUGUCAGUGUGCUGGUUCUGCUGUCGUUCAGGGAGCUGAACCUGAUCAGAGAUGAGCAGUACAGUCUUCUCAGGCUGCUCCAUGUUUUCCAUCCAACACUCCAGAAGCUCCCAGCAGAGAAGCUGACUGUCUGUAAACUUCUCUUCAUCUUUGACGGCCUGGAUGAAAGCAGACUUCAGCUGGAUUUCACCAACAGUCAGCUGCUUUCUGACGUCACACAGGAGGCAUCGCUCAACGYGCUGCUGACAAACCUCAUCAAGGGGAACCUGCUUCCCUCRGCUCURGUCUGGAUCACUUCCAGACCUGCAGCAGCCAAUCAGAUCCCUCCUUCAUGUGUGGACAGGCUAACAGAAGUACGAGGCUUCACUGACACCCAGAAGGACGAGUACUUCAGGAGGAGGUUCGGUGAUGAAGAUCUGUCCAGCAAAAUCAUCUCCCACAUCAAGACCUCCAGGAGCCUCCACAUCAUGUGUGCAAUCCCAGUCUUCUGCUGGAUCACUGCUAAAGUUUUGGACUACAUGUUGACCACAGAGCAGAGAGGAGAGCUGCCCAAGACCAUGACUGACAUGUACUCACACUUCCUGCUGGUCCAGACCACCAGGAAGAAGAACAAGUACCAUGAAGGACUUGAGACCAGUCCACAGGAGCUGAAAGAGACUGAUAGGGAAGUUCUUCUGAAGCUGGGGAGACUGGCCUAUGAACAUCUAGAGGAAGGAAACAUCAUGUUCUACCAAGAAGACCUGGAGCAGUGUGGUCUUGAUGUCACAGAGGCCUUGGUGUACUCAGGAGUUUGUACAGAGAUCUUCAAAAGAGAGUGUGUGAUCUUCCAGAAACCAGUCUACUGCUUUGUUCAUCUGAGUGUUCAGGAGUUUCUGGCUGCAGUCUACAUGUUCCACUGUUUCAACAACAAGAACAUGGAGGGAAUGAAGAGGUUUCAGAAGAAAGAUUAUUUUUGUGAUGAUGAUCAUGAUGAGGAUGCUUUUUCAAAUUUAUAUGAAUUUCUGAACAGAGUCUUGGAGAAAUCUCUCCUCAGUAAAAAUGGCCAUCUGGACCUGUUUGUUUGCUUCCUUCAUGGCCUCUCAGUGGAGUCCAACCAGAGACUCUUAACAAGUCUGCUGGGUCAGACAUGGAUCAGUCCAGAAACCAUCCAGAGAGUCAUCAACAACCUGAAGGAGAUGAACAGAUUUGGUAUUUCUCCUGACAGAAGCAUCAACAUCUUCCAGUGUCUGAUGGAGAUGAAGGACCUCUCAGUUUAUCAGGAGAUUCAAGAGUUCCUGAAGUCAGAGAACAGAUCAGAGAAGAAACUCUCAGAGAUCCAGUGUUCAGCUCUGACCUACAUGCUGCAGAUGUCAGAGGAGGUUCUGGAUGAGUUGGACCUAAAGAAGUACAGGACAUCAUAUGAAGGACGACUGAGACUGAUUCCAGCUGUGAGGAACUGCAGAAAGUUUCGAGCUGCUGCUGAACUCUCAGAGACUUACUGUGAAGUUGUGGCCUCAGCUCUGAAGUCCAACCCCUCCCAUCUGAAACAUCUGGACCUGAGUGAGAACCAUCUUUCUGACUCUGGAGUUAAACCUCUGUGUUCUGGUCUGGAGAGUCCAAACUGUAGACUAGAGGUUCUGAGAUUGAGGAGCUGUAAUUUGUCAGAGAUCAGCUGUUCUUCUCUGGGCUCAGCUCUGAGGUCCAACCCCUCUCACCUGACACAUCUGGACCUGAGUGACAACAAAUUGUCUGACUCUGGAGUGAAGGAGCUCUGUGGUUUCCUGGAGAGUCCAAACUGUAGACUGAAGGUUCUGAGAUUGUGGGACUGCAGUUUGUCAGAGAUCAGCUGUUCCUCUCUGGUCUCAGCCCUGAAGUCCAACUCCUCUCAUCUGACAGAACUGGACUUGGGUGGGAACAGAAACCUGUCUGAUUCUGGAGUGAAGGAGCUCUGUGGUUUCCUGGAGAGUCCACACUGUAGACUGGAAAAUCUGAGGUUGAAUGACUGCAGGUUGUCAGAGAUCAGCUGUUCUUCUCUGGUCACAGCUCUGAAGACCAACCCCUCCUACCUGACACAUCUGGACCUGCGUCACAACAACCUUCAUGAAAGAGAUGUUAAGCAGCUCUUGGAUCUUGUGGAGAGUCCAGACCACCAACUGAAGAGACUGAGGUGAAAGGGAUGGACUUCUCAUGAAGGAAAGAUCAUCUAAGAUGAUCCCCAGAGGUUGAAGCAGCAGCAGAUUGAUAAGAAACUGACUGGAUCCUGAUUAGGAUGAACUUUGGCUUUAAUUGAUUUUAUGAUUACCAGAAUAUUAUAUUUGAUAGGUUGAUUACUGCAGUUGUGUUGUAUUUACUCUGAAUUAAUAAACCUAAUAUCAAGUUUUGAAAAAUCAUUAAAUUACUGUAUCUUUGAAUGGAGCUAAAAUCACUUUUUGUAGGAACAAUCUGAGUUUUACAAAAACAUUUAAGUCUUCCAGCUGCACAGUGGAACAGAAGAAGGGGGUCCAUGGGGUCAUAAAAGAUGACCAGAAGAUAGUCAGUUGCCCUCUCCUCUCACUGGAAGAGCUUCAACAUGUAAUCCAUCAUUUAUUACAAACUGUACAAAGGUCAGGCAGAUGUUACAGGACAGUUAGGGCCAGAACUAACAGAGUCAAACCCCCACAGACUUCAUCCCACUAAAAGCUGCCAAAUGGUGACUAACGGAGGAUAAUUUUAUUUUAAUUAAUCCAGGAAAUGGGCAAUAAUUAAGAAAUUGGUGUACAGUGGGCACUCUGCAACCUGCAUGGGCUUUCUUCUUGUUUUCUACUUUUAUAACUUGCAGAUUUAAAAUCUUUAACUUGUCUAUCUUGUUUGUUAGUUGUUAGUUGCACUGGUUACAUUGACAACAAAGUGAUUCUGAUACAAACACAUAUAUUGUAUUAAAGAAAUACCAAAAAAUACUGUUUUUUUAUUUUAUUUUGUACUUUAGUUCUGCCAGCAUCGCUCACAUGAUAAAUCAGGAAGUGUCAUGUUGUGAUUAUCAAGAUAUCCUAUUAUACAUGUACACGUUUAUGAUUAAACUAAUGAAGUUCA